GAGCUGAACUGAAUAGACAAUAACUAACCUUUCUUAACAGUUAAGUAUUUUAAAAGACAGUAGGUGCCUUAGAAUUUCAUUCAGGGCCUUAGAAAUCCACAUUCACACAGUUCUCACUUGCUCGAGUUUGGUCUGUAACCAUUUAUGCAAGCCAAAUCUUUUCCAGACUUACGAAAUUCAUAGCAUUUUGUAACAAAGACAAAGAAACAUCGCUGACAGACUAGCAAAAUCAUAAGACGCAACGAACUCUCGCGCGAUGUUGAGACGCUACCGCCUAACGUCACCGGUUGCCAUAGCAGCAUCCCGCAGAGCGGAAAAGAGGGGUGGUGCGAGGGGCGGAGCGCGGCUUCGGCGGAGGACAACGGACUUUCUCCUCCUGCAGGUCUGACUUCUACCAAAAUGAGCGGCCUGGAUGAGGGCGACAACCUCCCUGUCGCUAAAACCUGCGGUCUCGCUACUCCCGACCAUGCCCCGGGACAUCCAGACCUAAAGCAGUGUCAGGGCGAGGAAACCGGGGCCACCCUGGUGAUGGCGGACACAGGUGAGGGCGGCUUGGAGACCGCCGCAGAGGGAGGCGCGCCCCGGGACCCCGCGGGCUGUGGCCUUGCGCUCCGCAUUCGGGUUGCUGGAAGUCGCGGCCGCGUUGCGACCAAAGCGGGCCAGAAAGAGGCUCCUGCUUCCACCGAGGGCAUGGAAGCAGCCUCUGCCUGCACCUCGGUGGCAGCCGACAAUAGCCAAAAAAAUGGCUGUCAGCGUAGAGAGCUGUGCAGCCCUGCUGUCGAGAAGGCUCUAGAAGCCUGUGGCGCAGGGAGGUUGGGGUCUCAGAUAAUGCCUGGGGCGAAAGCCAAGGAAAUGACGACAAAAAAGUGCGCUGUUUCAGCAGCAGCGGAAAAGGAGGGAGUAGCGGAGGUGGUGGUGGAGGAAAAGAAGGUGAUGCAGAAGGAGAAAAAGGUGGUAGGAGGAGCGAAGGAGGAGGCCCGGGUCAGGGCCCCGAAGAUCAAUAACUGCAUGGAUUCGCUGGAAGCCAUCGAUCAGGAGCUGUCAAAUGUAAAUGCUCAGGCUGACAGGGCCUUCCUUCAGCUGGAGCGCAAGUUUGGCCGUAUGCGAAGGCUCCAUAUGCAGCGCAGAAGUUUCAUCAUCCAAAAUAUUCCAGGUUUCUGGGUCACUGCCUUUCGCAACCAUCCCCAGCUGUCACCUAUGAUCAGUGGCCAAGAUGAAGACAUGAUGAGGUACAUGAUCAAUCUGGAAGUGGAGGAGCUUAAACACCCCAGAGCAGGCUGCAAAUUCAAGUUCAUCUUUCAGAGCAACCCCUACUUCCGAAAUGAGGGGCUUGUCAAGGAAUAUGAACGCAGAUCCUCUGGCCGGGUGGUGUCUCUUUCCACGCCAAUCCGCUGGCACCGGGGCCAAGACCCCCAGUCCCAUAUCCACAGGAACCGGGAAGGCAACACUAUUCCCAGUUUCUUCAACUGGUUCUCAGACCACAGCCUCCUAGAAUUCGACAGGAUUGCAGAGAUUAUCAAAGCAGAACUGUGGCCCAAUCCCCUCCAGUACUACCUGAUGGGUGAUGGGCCCCGCAGAGGAUUUCGAGACCCAGCAAGGCAGCCAGUGGAGAGCUCCAGGACCUUCAGGUUCCAGUCUGGCUAACUCCUGCCCUGUGAGAAGCUCCUGCACAAGUUUCCUUACCACCUCCUCUUGGACCUGUGCGUAGCCAACAGCAUGCAGUCUUCCAUUUACUUUCUCUUCACACUGGAUUAUUUUGUCCUUUUGUCCUCUAAAUCCUCAAAAAUCAGUGGCAAGAUAAUCGCUUAUAUGCCCAUGCUCUUCUUCCUCUGAGCCUUCCUGCUGUUCUGCAUCGUUACAUGUUCCAAGUGCAUGGCCUUCCACUACUUCUAUGCCAAGCACAUGAUACUGUAGAUAUGCACUCCCUUCUUUUGCAUGCCCUUGGCCCUGUCUGACGAUAGCCUUCUCCCAGUUUUUAAAGUGGUUGUCUACCACAAAGAAGCUUGAUAUACCUUUGCAAAUACUUAGCUGGUGUACUUCAUACUUUAUGCAAGCUGUCCUCCUGAUACCCAUGUACUCUGUGGCAAGAUCUUUGAGUUUCACUGCUGCAAGAUGAAGCUUAUGUAGAUGAUGCCAGUCAUCAACCCAAACUGAACAUUCCAGGCUACCAAUAACUGGUUUCCAACUGUCUUCCUGGGUCCAUGCCAUCCACGCUGCUGGUUAUCGCAGAAUCAGCAGCUGGCUGGUGGGUGGCUACUAGGCAUGAAUGAGGUAACAGAUGACAGGUGUCUAUGUUAUCAUGUUGGUCGUCUUAUGCCUUUGGGCACCCUGCAUUGUGAUCACAUACUGGUGAGUAUGAAGGCCUGUGAUAUGGCCCACCCGAACCUGCACUCAACCUUCUGAAUGAGCUUUGCACAGGCACCAUCGCCUUCCUCUUCAGGAACUAUCUGUAGACUUAAGCUCCUGGGUAGCACACAGGAACUAUCCCCUUCCCUGCCCCCCAAAUGGCUACCCGUAAACCCAACUGGCUGUCAGGCAGGUUGGGCAGUCAUAAUAUCACAGCGUCCAAAGCAAAGCUGGUGGGGGGUCCCUUCAAGCAGUUAGACUUUUUGAGCCCUAGCUGACAAACCACCCUUAAUCAAGGCAACUUUACUAGGCAUCCCCUUCUCAACCCCUCCCGCACCCAUUCUGAACAUGACAAAAUUUGCUAGGUUGGGGGCACCGACGAAGAGGUCUUUCUAGUCUGUGGCGCCUGUUAUACAUCUGUCUCUGUCUGCGUCUCCCUCCCUGUCCCCCCCCCCCCCACCGCUUCUUCCUCUCAGAAGCAGUUACAGCUCAGAAACGGAAAAGAAAACUGGCAAAGCAGGCUUUUUGUUUAAUUUGCUCUCCCUUUGAUUGUGUCCAGGAGAAAGGUACUGUGCAUCAGACUCCAGGUCUCUUAUUGCUGUCUUCUGCCCUCAUGUCUCCACCUCACUUCCUUUAGCAAAGUCUAAACAUUUCAAAGGAAAACCUGUAGGUUAAUUGCCUACUUAUGGGCAUUGUUUUUUGGGGCCAACUCUGACAACCCCAUCCUCUUCCUCAUCCAUUUACCAAAACCUGUGUGUUUUCUUGAGCUUUAGUGUGAGAAGCUGAGAGGAGACAGAAGGGCCUCACAGUAAUGGCUUCAAGACAGACCCAGAGCAGGCUGUGAUCCAAGGCAAUCAAAACGUAGUUUCACUCCACCUUUCUAAGCAUGGAAAUUCUUUUUUGGGCCUUGGACCACUUAGAAAUAACCCCAAGGCAGCAUUUUGAGGGUCACUCGUGUCCUCUGUACUGUUCUUUGACUGCCCUGAUGUCCCACAGCCUCCAUCCUACUGCCUGGCCUUCUUGGCUCUCAGUCCUCAGCUUCUGCAUUUCCUUCCCUGCUUCUGACCUAACAAAUGAGGGAGCGGGCUGCAGACUGCAUUGUGGGAGCUGCCAAGCCUCUCUCCUGGGGGUAAGGGUGUGUGUGAAAGUCUGCUCCGCGGGGCUUGGGAUGUCUGGACACAGAGCAGUGGGAAAGGUGUCCUAGGCUGUAGAAACUGAAAGCUCAGAAAACAAAUGAGCUUGCUGUGGAUUGGGCUUGAGAAGGUAAACAGGAAAGACUGGAACCCUGUAGGGUCAGGGGUAGGAGGGGAGGCCCCUGAGGUUUUUCCCAGGAGAGGUGGGAGAAUGAAAGUGGUUGAUGUUUAAAGAGGAUGGUGGGAGGAGUUGCGUUUUCCUUCAGUUUUUCCUAACUCCUCGAAUUCACCAGUAGUUUUUUGUACACAAAAAUGCAAGUCUAAAUGUUUUGUAUUAUUUUAGAAUAUGUGAAUGAUUAAUGAUGUAUGCUCCUUAUUUCACUGUGUUUGAGUAAAGUCCUGUUAAUUCCUUUCUCCAUUUAUGCUUUCUGGCAAAAUUGACAUUUACAGGCAUGCUUUUUGCUUGUAAUUGAGAAUGUGUACAAAAAUAUCAGGCUUGUUUCCUGUGCAGUAUGAAGACUUCUGUGAAUAUUCCCUAAUAUAUCAGCUUGUUCUGUUCUCUCUUCUUAUAUAGCUCUAUUCUUAGAAAUAUAAUUGAAUGUGACCUUUGAAACUGUGCUGUCUUGUGGAAGUAUUCUCAAACAGAAAAACCUGUCGUCUUGAUAUUUCUUGGCCUAGCAGUAAAUAUUGUACUUGACAUCCUAUGUUCCUAACCAGUGUAAGUACUUGUAGAAUUGCUCUGUCAAACUAAACAAAGAUAGUACUUUAGUCUUCUCCUAUGUGCUCAAAGGAAAAAUAAAUCUGUUACUCUGCUGUAUUUCUUGUUUUCACCAAAAAAUAAAAAUAAAUAAGGCUUGUC